AUGGCGCAGCAGUUCCCGGGAAAUUUCCCCGGCAAUGGAAAUGGUAACGGCAACGGGUUCGGCAAUGGCAACGGCGGCAACGGAUUCGGAGGCAAUUUCAACGGCUUCGUCGAUUUCAACAUCCAAGAGGCAAUGCACACGCGGAGGAUCCAUGGCAUCCUCGGGACCAUCGCAUUCGUCAUCGUCUUUCCCAUCGGCUCCAUCGCCAUGAGAAUCAUCCCUGGUCGCUUCUCCUGGCUUCUUCAUGCUCUGAUCCAGAUGGCUGGCUUUGUUCUGUACAUAGCUGCCGCUGCGUUGGGUAUCAAGUUAACCCAGGAGGUUAGGUUUGGCGGCACAAGUCUGUACGAAAUUAGCACCAUCAACUUCCACCCCAUCAUCGGCCUUGUCAUCCUCGCCAUUUUCUUCUUCCAGCCCAUCUUCGGCUACAUCCACCACGUGCAGUUCAAGAAGUAUGGCGUCCGACAGAUCUGGUCGCACAUCCACCUCAUCAUUGGCCGCCUCCUCAUUCCCCUGGGUAUCAUCAACGGCGGUCUGGGGCUCUACAUCUCCAACUCGCCUAAGGAAUUCAAAAUCGCCUACGCCAUCCUCGCUGCCGUUUUCGGAAUUGCCUGGAUUUUUGUUGCCGUAAUCAGCGAGAGCCGUCGUGGUCGCCAGCCUGCGGUUGUGGUUGUGGAGGAGCACAAGCUCGCGAGGCGGUCUCGCGGACGCCAGAGUGGGAGCCGUGGAUCUUCCGUGUCGGACCCGAAGCUUUGA